UCACAGAAGAAAAAUGGUUCGUGCGUGGUACAUGGAUAACAGCGAUGCCGAUCAACGGUUAGAACACCAUAAACAACUACCUGAAUAUAUUUCUCUUGAGGAUUUGUUCAAGAAAACAGGUGUUGAAUAUUUUAAGAUUGAUUACAAAAACUAUCAAAAUGAUAAUACGUUGACGGUAUUGAAAGCAGAACGUGGUUAUACAUACGAAGAUGAAAUAGAAUGUUCUAAGGAAUGUCUCCCGAAUUACGAGGAAAAAUUAAAAAAUUUCUUCACCGAACAUCUCCAUACUGAUGAAGAAAUAAGAUUAGUUUUGGAUGGAACAGGAUAUUUUGAUGUUAGAGACAAGAAUGACCAAUGGAUACGUAUUGAAGUUAAAGCUGGAGAUUUGAUAAUUAUUCCAAGUGGAAUAUAUCAUAGGUUUACCUUGGAUAUUAAUAAUUACAUCAAAGCAAAACGUUAUUUCGUGGGCGAACCUGUUUGGUUGCCAUACAAUAGACCAGCUGACGGCAUGGAAUGCCGUAAAAAUUACCUAAAUCGUUUAAACAAUGGUUUUCAAAUAAAGUCACUUUAAUGUUCGUUAUGAACUUUAUGGAAAUACAUUUUUUGUAGGAAUAGAUAAUACAGACAUAUAUACAAAUUCUAA